CGUUCGUUCUUCGUUCAUUCUUCAACGGCAGACACUAUAACCAGUUUAAUCUCGCCUUGUUCGUGUAAGCUCAAGAGAGGAUUGGAAUAUGCCCAAAGCCACAAGAAAAAAGAAGGAAAAAAAGGCCGAUUUUGUCAAAGCCAAACUCAAACUUGGUAAGGGCAAGAAGCAGGCUUCGAACACCACCGACACAUCCUUCAAGGCGAGAUCUAUUGCGCUUCCCGGCCAGGAAGCUCUCAAUCGAGCGCUUCAAAUUUCUGAAGGUGCUGGUCCAUCUGAACCAACCACUGCCAAUGGUUUGACUCUAGAGGAUAUCUUUAUCCGUCUCAGGCAUCCUAAUUCCGUUGUUCGGAAGGAGGCAUUGGGUGGAUUGAGAGAAAUAUUGCAAGUAGACGUGAGCAGGGAAGUCGGCAAAGUUUUGAGGGCAUUGGGAGGAUUGGUCGCAGAUGAUGACGCUGCUGUGAGGAAAGGUUUACUAGGUCUUUUGGAUUGGUAUCUGGCCCAUCUAUCCCAAUCGAUUCUAUCCCCUCAUCUUCCCCUUCUCGUUCUUCAAGCAUCUUCCGCCCUCUCUCACAUUUUCCCCGAGAUUAGACUUGAUGCCUGCAAGCUAGUACAUCUCAUGCUCCAAUAUGUCCCGAGCCAUGUUGUCUCUUCUUGGCCCUACGAAUCGUCUAACAUCCUUGAAGGUCUCCGCCUUGCAGUCGGGCUCGGUGGCGAGAAAGGAGUAAAUUCGCAGAUCGGACGAUUGACAGGCGGUGCAAAACUUGUGACGAUGAAAGCAAUGCGAGAAUUUGUGAGGAUAGGAUUAGAAAACGGUAUGACCCAAAAAUGGGGCGGAGGGUAUCUGGAGGACAGGCAGAGUAGCAGGGGAAAAUUCAAAGUGGUGAAGGAAGAGUCUGGUUUAGAAAAUGUACAACUUGAAGGUUGGCUUGUAGGCACCAGAAUGGCGAAGCUGGUAGGCGAUGGAGAUGCCUGGGAGCUCGGAAGGUUGGGAUCUCUGGGGGGCAAGGGCGACGAGGAAGGUGUGGUCAGCGUUCUCUCACAAUUAUAUAUUCAACUGCACCCCCUUCUUUUGUCUACCUUCCUUGAAAACGCCCCUACUGCCUUCUCACCUUCAAUGGCUUCAGUUACUCCAGCUUCCGAAGACAUACCAUUGGCUCUCUGUGUCAUGACUGCAUCUUUAACCGAGUUGCUCGCCGAUGCGAUCUUGACCCGCGCAACGCCAGACGCAAAUACUCCAGAACUCAGGCAGGUGAAAAACUGCAUUUCAGAUUUCCAUCGACGUAUGACUGGGUGGUUUCCUUUCAAUUCUCGUACGGCUCCGACACCUUCAGGGGUUACACCAGGCUUUGAACUCUCACUGGCGUACGCUAGACUGGCUGUUCUUCUCUCCCCACGACCUGUCGAUUUAACAUUUACCAAACACUCAACGAAGCGCGGGAAAGAGGUUCGCUGGAGGGAGAGAGUCAAGGCCACUGAGGAAGCUUGGAAAACGAUGAGGGAAUCGGAGAGGGCGAAAGGGAAGGGCAAAAUUGGGCAGAAUCAAUGGGCAAUGGAGGAGGUAGCGGAUUGGGUUGUCGAAGUUCUGGAACCCAAAAAGGAUGUCCUUGCACCUUCCCUAACCCCCGAAGCAUACUCAGCCCUUUUGCCUAUAGUUUGGGCUCUUCUCGCCCAACCACCUUGUCUAGCAUCGGAUGACACCGACAUUCCCUCUCACGUCGGAUCUGCUUUUAUCUCCCAUCUGAUCCGCCAAGGAUCGACUUCUCCCAUCCGUGAAAUUGGUGAAGAGUUCCUCAUUGCUCUCAUUCUCGUGCACGAGAAGAAGUACCCAAUUCUGCCUUUUUACAUUGUCCCCCAAUCACCUUUACGUCCAAUGAUCAAGGGCUGGUUUGAAGGAAUUCCAAAGACUCUUUUUGAAUUGGGAACAAAAAACCAGAGUGCGUCUGAAAGGCUCUUACGCUUUCUUCUUGUGAUUGGAUCACGAGGCGAAGGUGCAUAUGAGCAACCGUAUAGCCUGAUUGAUCCUGCAACUUUCCCCAGCCUGACACCUAAACUUGCGCCAUUUUGGCAUCUCCAACACCCUUCAAAGGGCUCGAUUCCAGGCGCGUGGACCAAGUUUAACAGUGGAGAGGUGAAACGACUAGGUCUGGACGUAGCCAUGGUGUGGAAACAAUGGAACGGGCUUAGGCUGAGUGAUGCCAUCGGAAGGGUCUGCGGUCAUGACCAGUGGGGAUCCUAUUGGAGAAGGUAGAGCUACAUUGUCGCAUCUCAUAUGUAUGAUUAUUACAUCCUGUACUUAUACAAUAUUCCAGAGCACAAUGUGAUUAUCG